CCUCAACCUCUUCCAAUAUCCACACACAAAAAUCAUUGCAUACAUUCACACACAAAAAUCUUCUUCUUCUUCUUCCAUGGAAAAGAACAACACCAUUAACACCACCAAAUCAAGCACUAGCACCAUAUGUAGCAAAAUCAGGGAAGCACUUUCAAGCUACCCUGCUUUCAGAGCUAUUCAUCGCCUCAACAGUAAGCAGAAUAAUAAGCAUCAACACAACCACCGUUCAUCAGCACCAAACUCCAUCACAAUCACAAAAAAACAUGCAACUAAUAGUAGAAAGAUGAACAAAGAAGGAGGAAGAGGAGAUCAACAAGGUUCAGUAAUCCCCAUCAACUAUGAUUACUCUAAUAAUCAUAACAAGGUUGUUGUUGAACCUCCAAAGCAAGUAGCAGCAGGGAAGAACCAACCUGCUUCAUCAACAAACAACAACAACAAAGGAGUAAUGAAGAUUCAACAACAUCAACAAGAGACACUCGAUCUUAAUGGUGCUUUCAAAGAGUUCAUUGAUCGUGUUAGGAACGGAAUUAACGGAGCUGAGCACACUAAUAACAAUAAUAAUGCUGGUGGAUCCGCAUUAUUAUCAAAUCAUGAGGCUAAUAAGAAGAUGGAAAACCAGAAAGAUCACCAUUUUUCUGAGUUCAUUCAGAGUUCUAGGAAGAAGCUCAGAACAACAUCAAAUAUUGCUUCCUUCAAAAGAGGGUAACUAUUAUACCAUGUUUCACUAGUGUAUGUGCAUGUAAUAAUUAAUGUAAUUAAUGUUGAGUUUGGCAUAAAAAAAUAUAUAAGAUUCGUUAGUUGUUGAGUGGAUUCAAAAUAAGCUAAGGGCCCUCUUGCUUGUAAGUUCUAUUGGAUUAUAUAUAUGUUUUCUA